GCCAGCGCGUUUCGCCUGCCUGUGGUUUUUCCUCCAUGACUUUGACUUUCCUGGGCUGAGGGGAUGCAGGGAGGAGCGUAGGGUUACAGCCCAGAAAGUCCUCCCCGCUUCCCCCACGGCUUCAGGCAGCCCCCAGCUGUUCCCAGCUGCCUCCCACCGCCCACGUUCACCGAUCAGCUCCCAUCCUCAUCCUGUCCCACCUCUUCAGUUUAUCUGUCUCUGCCAACAACACUUUUCUGCAGACUUUUACCACUCACUGCACCAGCCUAUGCCUGGGGCUACAGGGAUACUGGGGGCAUCCCCAGGACUCACCAUCCCGGUGGACAUUCCCCCCUUCCACUUCCAGCCCCGCCGGGUCAGUGUUGACUGGCGUCGCUUCAGUGCCAUCGACGUGGAGCAGGUGGCCCGGGAGGUGGACGUGGCCACACUCCAGGAGCACAUCUCUGGCGUCACCUUCUGCAACCUGGAUGGGGAGCGGUGCCCCCACUGCGGGCAGCCGGCGGACCCCGUCCUGCUGAAGGUCCUCAGGAUGGCCCAGCUGAGCAUUGAGUACCUGCUGCACUGCCAGGAGUGCCUCGGGACCAGCCUGGCCAUGCACACCCGGUGCCUGCGAGAUGCCCACGCCGAGCUGGCUUGCAUCCAACAGCAGGCAGCAGAGCAGGCAGCGCAGCUCCGGGGUGCAAAGGAGGAGAGCAGGAGGUGGAAGAAGCUCAUUGCCAUGCAGCAGCUCUUCCUGCAAGCUGGCCCCAACACCCAUUGCAAGUGCCACCUCUGCGGUAAAGCCUUCAUGAACAACUCCUUCCUGCAAGCCCACGUGCAGCGCCGGCACGCAGAGGCCACCGAGGCGGAGAGGCAAAAGAUGAAGCAGAUGGAGCAAAUGGAAGACAAGGUAGAGGAGCUGAAGGCGAAACUGAGGGAGACGCAGCAACAGCUGGAAGCAGAGAGGGAAGCGGAGAAGCUGCGCAGGGAGCAGGAAACAGAGAGAGCUCGCCAGCAACAAGAGGAGGGCAGGAGAGAUUUGGAAAGAUGGAAAGAGGAGGAGAGGAUGAAGAUGCAUGAAGAGAUAGAUGGCCUGAGGCAGAUCUUCCUCGAAGCGUUCAAGGAUGUGGCGAGCAGAAGCAGUGCCGUGGAGGCGAAACUGCAGGAGCUUCAGGCCAGAGAGGCAGCAAAGUCCAACUUGGGGACCCUGCAGGAUGAUGACACUGAGGAGGCACGGUGGCAGGCACCAAGCCGGGCAGAGCAGCAGGGCAAGCAAGAGUGGAUGACAGCGCAGAUCAAGCUGCUCUCUGCAAGCAAACCUGAAGUGACCCAGGAGGUGACCGAAGUGGUGGCUGAUGAAGAGUCAUCAGACAGGAAGGAGGCCACCCUGGGUGGGAAGCAGAGGCUGCUGGAGGCCCUGCAGAGAAACCCAAACCUCCUGAAGCAGUUUCGCCCUAUCCUGGAGGAAGUGCUGGAGGAAAAGCUGGAGAGCAUGGGUGUCAAGCGGGUUGCAAAAGGAAUCUCCACUCGGACCUACAAAAAGCUCCAGGCUCUGGUCAGGCUUCAGCAGCAACAGAAGGCUGAGAAAUUUCCCAGUCUCCUACCCCUGAGGGACGAGUUGGUUCAAGCAGUGAUGGGGAAAGUCAGGAGAUGCAAGAAGCCCAGCAGUGCUUUGCCUCGACAGCUCUCCAUCAUCCCAGCUCGCAACCUGAAGAGCCCCAGGUCACUUCAUGGGUCACAGCCCAUGGCGAUACCAGCUGCAGCAGAGCCUGGAGCCUUGGUGAUCCCCCAGCCUACUCCUCAGAUCAGGACCUGCUCUACCCACAGCCCCCCAAGGACUCCCUGGGGCACCCUGCGGACCUCCAAAGCCAGCAGCCCCCAUUGACGACUUGUCCCACAGUGGAGUUGGCAGGUGACAGCAGUGACCUGCAGACCAGCUCCCUGGCGGAGCCACCACUGAUGCUCGGGAACCACCUCUGUUCCCAGGGCCCCGGGGAGCCAGGAUGCAAGGGGACACGCGGUGGUGACAGGGAAGUGACAGCCCUCUGCCAGCAGCCACUGGAUGGUGCCACAAGACCAGAAACAGGCAGCAGCCUCUCUGAUCCUCGCCAGGCUGCUCCUGGGCUCCAGCCACCCCUCUUUUGGGGAAGACCCCAAUAUUGGAGCUCUCCCAGACAGCACAGGGGGGGUGGGUCCUCCCUGGCCAGCCACUGUGGAUCGCACCAAGGAGGAUAAAUGCUGUGUGGUCGCCAAAGCAGUGAUUUCUGCUCUGCCAUCAUCACGCACACAAGCAGUAACACAGCGCGGGACGGUGCCAGGAGCUUUUGGAGACCCAGCAGUGCUCCCUGGGCUUCGCAUCCGACAGGCUGGGAGCAGCCCCCUGCACCGGGCACAGCCUGGCACUCCGUGUGGGGCUUUCGUGCUUUAAACAGUCCAAAACACAGUCAGGAAGGGAAGAAAGCAGCUUUCCUCCUCUUUGCCAGCACUCCCAAGGGCGAUGGAAAAGGUCUCAUUUUCUGCUCUAGGAGGAACAUGGCCUGCGGGCGCUUUGGACAGCGUAAGAAGCCAGAGCUGCUGUCUCCUUCCUCCCUUCCUUCUCGGACUGGUGGGAACUCCAACGCAAAGGAUGAUUUUUUUUGCACUGUAAAUGUGGCCAUAUAAACCAGACUCCACUGAUAAUGCUCAUCUGUGUAAAUUAAGUCCAUCUUCCUAAUUCUCUCUGUAUUUUGUACAUUUGUGGCAGUGCAUUUAUGAUCUCAAUCCCUCAAAAGUAUAAAAUUUUGGAAGAUGCAUCAGGAAAAACAGGCAUUGCUCCAUUUCUCUUCUCUUUUCCACCGCACUCCACCUCCGGUUCAGACUUCUGCCAUUCCCUAUUUCUAACACUUGCACGUGGGUUUAAUGCUAGGGAGCAGAAAGACCAGCUAGGGUUGAGCAGAACGGGGUGAUUUAAUUUAAUUUCACCGAACAGAAAAAAUGCCUUCCAGGUAACUGCUCACAAACACGCAGGACCCCCAUCCCCCUGAUUCCACAAAUCCCCAUGGCCCUGGUACGUGCACAUUCAGCUGUGUGCUCUUACCCACCCAUACGGCUGUAGCUGCCUACCUUGAAAAGGAUUUCUUCUAUUUUGAUCAUUCGAGUUUAAGAAAUAUACCUGGCUUGUGUUAUUCAUUGCUUACAGUGCUAUUGCCAGAUGUGUUACAUCGUGCUUAAUUUAACAGCUUUUGUUCUUUUUGGUGAGUGUCGACCUUAACAAACACCGGUUUUGAUAAAUAAGGGAGGGGUGUUUUCCCCCCUUUCAGAACACUGGUAUUGGUAACCAAGAGAAAGAGAUGAGCUUCUUGACUGUAAAAAAUUACCAGUGGAGGUCGCAUGCUCGUGGGAGAGGGGUGAUAGGAAACCUGCCUGGACUCACGCACCUCUGCCCUCGCCGCCUGCGUGCAGCAGCCCUGGGCUGGGCGCUGGUGCUGACACGGCCCAAGAUCAAUGGGGAAAUAUGUUUCUGCCCAAAAGAGCAAACAGGUAGGAAAAGGGCAGAAAGCAGAGCUGUUUCGCCGUGACUACGUGGCAAGCUCAGUGCCAAAGCAGGCGCCCUGCCCAGCGCUAAAGUCUACAUCACACCCAUUCUGCCGACUGCUGACCAAACCCUGCCAGACCCAGCUCUGGCUGCUCCUGCACGUAUUCACCUGCCGACAAGUGCAAGAAUCACUCUUACAUUCAUUUUGUCGUGUUUUCAUGCCUGAGGUGCUUUUGAGCCAUUGUGGUGAGCUUCACAAACUCAACACCAAGUCCAGGUGGUACCAGGAGGGUGGGGUGAAAACUUCCCCUAAGUUUGGGAAACUCCAAAAACAGCUGAGAGCCUUGUGCUAAGAGAAACAUGGCACUCAUACCGUGACAAACAAAGAAUGGAGAUACAAGCAAAGCAUUUUUAUUUCAGACUGGACAUUUUGAGCCAGCAUUUGCCAUGGGAAGUUGUUCUCUGUGUGCUGUGAGCUGCAGCGAGCCACAUGGCAGAGGAUGCAUGGUGGGCAUGGAAGAGCCAUGAAGAUUC